AUAUAAAGGUGGAGACAGGAAAUAAGCAGUCAUUGUUCUUCUUGUACGGCUUAAUGUGGUGACGAUGAAGAUGGCUGCUGCGUUCAUCGUCUCUGCGCUUCUCAUCUGCAGCUCCUUCACCUCCUGCACGGAAACACCAGAUGCUGAUUGUGAACAGUUUGCUCCAGCAGGGGGCGACUUCACGGUGCACCUUCCAAUCAAACUGGACGCCAUGGACAAAUUAAUGUGGAAACGUAACGGUGAAAACAUAUUUAAAAGACAUGGAGAGUUGAUGAUCUUAGGGAAGGUUGAGGAUGUAUCUGAGGACGGAUCUCUGAGGCUGAGGCAGGUGACAAAGGAAAUGAAGGGGACUUACGAGGCCGAGGUCUACACUCAAAACGGGAUAUCACGCGGAACGUUCCAAAACGUCCUGUGUGUGCAAGAUGCUGAUUGUGAACAGUUUGCUCCAGCAGGGGGCGACUUCAUGAUGCACCUUCCAAUCAAAAUGGAUGCCACGGACAGAUUAAUGUGGAAACGUAACGGUGAAAACAUAUUUAGAAGACAUGGAGAGUUGAUGAUCUUGGGGAAGGUUGAGGACGUCUCUGAGGACGGAUCUCUGAGGCUGAGGCAGGUGACAAAGAAAAUGGAGGGGACUUACAAGGCCGAGGUCUACACUCCAAACGGGAUAUCACGCGGGACGUUCCAAAACGUCCUGUGUGUGCAAGGUAACUAAACAGACGCCUCUCCCUAAAGCCUGGCUCACACUGCGGGAUAAUUGGGCCUUCCCGACAUUCGCUGGGUCGCUCCCGACUCCAGGCUGCUCGGACCCGAUUAUCUGCUCAGAUUAUCUUGUAGUGUGAGCAGUACAAAGAUCCAAUCUUAACGUUCCCGAUCUGCUCGGCGAUCAUCGGGGACACCCUGAUUUAUUUUAAACAUGUUUGAUAUGAAUUUAAAAUCUUGACGUUAAUGUCAGGAAAAGGGUCCGGCAGAAGUUGUGUGUGACUACAAUAUAAUCACGAGAGACAAGGGAGGACUGUAGUCAUGGUGACCAGCGGCAGGACGCAACCCAGCGUUUUUUUGUUUGUUUUUUACUUUUACAAACACAUAAAGUUCAACUACCUUUACCAAUGCGAUGUAGCAUGUUUCCUUAGUGUUUAUCAAUAUUUAUAUGCACUUAUACAUGUGUUUUAACCAUACAAACCUGUAUAAACAGAAGAAAAGAAUGAGACAGGCAACUGUGCUUCUUUUCAGUUCAGCUUCACUCAAUAGAAUGAGGAAGAAAUGAGAGUCCCAUAACAAAGAGAGUCCAUGCAUGGGAGAAGCCCAGCGCCACACUGCCUCCUGCUGGCGACACUGAAGUGUACUGUUAUCUGGCUAUUAUAGCACAUAUUAGUGAUGAUCUUUCCUGGUAAUAUUAUUCCAAAAUAAAAA